AUGGAGCAACCAAAUCCAGGGCCUUCGCGGCUCUCCGGCGAUGCCCGUAUCGACCCAGCUCAGACAAACGAGGCCCGCCCGCAGUCUGCCAAUGACCAGGCCGUUGACCUCCUCGCGCCAAAGUCUGCAGGGUUACCGCCCACAAGGUCAUCGAGCUCAUCUCCCAGCAAGGCCACCGCCCGCUCCGAAGCCAGCGCCAAGAUGCGGGCCGCCCUUUCCGCAUCAUCCUCACCCAUCGACCCUGGGACAGCCAAGUUUUCCGGGCCGAGCUUCAGCGCAGCCCAGAUGAGGGUGCCCAACUCGGACCGUCUCGACGUCCCACCGCUGGCCUCGUCCUCGCACCGCAGUCCGACGCUGCCGGCCGGCCUCCCGCCAAGCCCUUCAAAGGCAAGGAUCGAGGCACAUGUGGAACCAGCGGUACAGCCGCCGGCCGACGUGGGUCAGAAUGGCACCGCCAGCCCGGCAGCCCCGCUCAUGUCGGCGUCUGGGCGGACUGCGUCCACACCCGGCAUCAGUGGCUCCGCACCGAUUAGCGCACUGCCGAACGGGACGGCGGGCGCGAACGGCAGGGCGAGAGCGUCAACUUCGACCGUCACUCCUGCACCGCAUCCGACCCUGGGCCCCCCACAGCAUUUUCCGCCUUCGACCCAAGGAAGCCGCAGCCCGCCUCGGAUGCGAGCUCAGACCAACCAGCACCUCCCGCCCUCGAUACCUUCUCUCAGCGCAAUGGCUGCUGGCAACGUCCCCGCCGCCCCGGCCGGCUUCGCUGUGCCUUACCACGGAUCGAGCCAUCAGAACACCAUGACCCCUGCCGCCUACGAGCGGCAUACGGCGGAGCUUACCAAUUGCAUCAUCGCCUUCCUCAGUCCGAUACUGCCCACCGAGGAGGAGUACAGGAUCAAGGAGGCGACUCGGCGGCAACUGGAACGCUUGGCGUCCAAGGUCAGCCCUGGCGCCAAGCUCCUGGCGUUUGGCAGCAUGGCCAAUGGCUUUGCGCUUCGCAACUCUGACAUGGACCUCUGCUGCUUGACCAGCAAGAAGGAUGGCAAGCCCGCGACGCAGCAUACAGCAUCGGAGCUCGUCGAGAUCCUGAGCCAGCUGAUCCGAGAAGAGACCGACUUCAACGUCAUGCCGCUGCCGAGAGCCCGGAUCCCGAUCAUCAAGAUCAGUCGUGCUCCCACGCCCGAGCUGCCGUACGAGAUCGCCUGCGACAUCGGCUUCGAGAACAGGUUGGCGCUCGAGAACACUCGGCUGUUGCUGAGCUACGCCAUGGUCGACCCGCCGCGGCUGCGGACGCUGGUCCUUUUCCUCAAGGUCUGGUCCAAGAGGCGCAAGCUCAAUUCGCCCUACACGGGCACGCUGUCGUCGUACGGCUACACGCUGCUCGCGCUCUACUUCCUGACCCACGUCAAGAGGCCGGCGGUGCUACCCAACCUGCAGAGAGUGCCGCCGACGCGGCAGCUCAAGCCCGAGGAGCUGGAGCUCGACGGCCACAACAUCUACUUCUACGACGACGUGGCCACGCUGCGCAAGGAGUGGACCUCUCAGAACACGGAAAACGUCGGCGAGCUCCUGAUCGAGUUCUUCCGGUACUUUUCGAAGGAGUUCAGCUACGCCAAGGACGUCAUCAGCCUCCGCACCGAGGGAGGCCUGCUCUCCAAAGACAGCAAGAGCUGGAACUCGGAGCUGUGCAUCGAGGAUCCGUUCCAGAUGGGCUACAACGUGUCCAGGACCGUCACCAAGGACGGCCUCUACACGAUCCGCGGCGAGUUUAUGCGGGCCAGCCGGAUCCUCAUGAACCCAAAGUCGCAGCGCGUCUCUGCGCUCAUCGCCGAGCUGUGCGAGGAGCGCGAAGAUGGGCUCAGCCGGGCACCCGACGGCCCGUACCCGAGACCGCGCUACCAGAACGGGCCUCCUGGCGUCGAUGGUCGGUCGUAUCGCGACAUGUACGCCAAUCCGCGCCGCUACGACUCGCCCACCUUUAGCGGUUAUGGAGGCAGCUUCGCCUUUGAACAAAUGGCAAGAGGGCUGGGGCAGGGCGUCGCGUUCCCACCCACGACGGCGAUGCUGGCGCCCCUGUCUCGAAACCAUGGGCUGAGCCCUAAGCCGCAGCCGCCCCGCUUCGCGCAUGCCCAGGAACCCGUCAUCUCUUCGGGUCAGAGUGACACGGGCCCUCCGAGCAGCUACGACGGCUUCUCGCGGGCCAGCAUCGGCCAUGCGUCCGCGCGCACCUCGCCGUCCUUCAAGCAUGCCCUACCCAGCGUGCUUCACCCGUCGAAUGGACCAAACGCCCAGGAGGCGUUUGCGUAUGGUGCCGAGAUCAGCUUCGGGCCCGAGCCCGUCAACGCGACGCGGGACGACCUCAGCAGCGGUCCUCGUACCAAAACAGCGCGCAGCCUGUCCGAGUCGCUGAACCGGUCAAAGUCGCUGCCAAGAGCGGCAGCCGCUGCAGCUGCCGCCGCCAACGGAGAGGCAGCGGGAGCCACCAACGGCGUCGUCCUUCCGGUCACGAGUCUGCCGCCCGGGCCAGGCAUCCAUGCGUAUGCCAAGAACGCUGGUUCAUCGGAUGAGCUCGAGGGACAGAUGGCCGGGCUGUCGGUAGCUCCGAAUGGCGAGACUGCUCGCCGGCUGUCGAGUUCGAGCCACGCUUCGUCCUCGAUGCACAGCGAAGGCGUCAAUGGCGGGCCGCAUCACUACUCGACCAGUCCGACGUGGACCUUUUCGCAGCCGGGCAACAAUCAGAGGCGCGGCUCGCAGUCUUCUUCGUUCCACAACCAUCCGCAUCCCCAUGGUCACAGCCCGGCCUCGCACGCGUACGGCCAAGUGCCGCAGCAUCAGCAUCAGCAUCAGCAGCAGCAGCAGUACCAGAGCUAUCAUCAGCUCAAUGUCCUGAACCAUCAGCAGCCUCCGCCGCCGCAUCAGCAACAGUUUCAAGCGCCGGACCAACAGCACCAGCAGCAGCUGCGUCAGCAACAUCCGCACAUGCCGCCCACGCCGGCGACAAUGUCUCACCAACCAUCGCAGCAGCAACAGCAGCUGCCGCAGGUGCAGGACACGCGAGCGAUGCUGCAAGAGUACCUGCGCCGAGCUAGCGAAAACGCUGAGCCGGCCGACGCGCGCGCGCUCGGGCCGGACAACGACGAUGCGAGCUCGGUAAUCAGCGAGGCGACGCUGGAUGAGCUUGCGCGGUUGUCGGCGCUCGACUCGGAAGAGACGACCUCGCCGCAGAUGAUGGCGACCCAGACGGGCAAGGGCGCGGGCGCCGCCGCGGUGCCUCCCUCGCCGCCUCGCACCUCGCUGAGGUUGCCGAGCUCGAUUAUCGAGCAUGCCAAGAACCGCAGGAAGGCCGAGCAGAAGGCUGCGUCAGCCGCGCCGGAGCGUGGCACUGCCACGUCGGCGGUUCGAAGCAAGGAGCAGCAGGGCAACGAGUGA